GAGCCCCCGGUGUACCACCCGGUCGCCAUCCACCGUGACCCCGGCCACGUCCAACCAAUGGUGACUCAUCGCGUCACCAGUGUUCUUUGCUCCUCGGGGUGCCUCUCCUGUUUCCUCCUCCGUUCGCGUCGCCCUCGCCGAUCCCCACUAGCGUCGUGCUAUGGAGGAGUACGCAGUCCUGCUGGCCAACCACACUUGGGACCUGGUGCCCCGUCCACGGUCCACUAGGCACCAACGUGGUUACCGACAAGUGCAUCUUCCGCCAUAAGCUGACCUCGGACGGCUCCCUCGACCGAUACAAGGCCCGUUGGGUUCUUCAGGGCUUCACCCAACGUCCCGGAGUGGACUACGACGAGACCGUCAGCCCCGUCGUCAAGUUCGCCACCGUUCGUGCCAUCCUCUCCCUCACCCUCUCCUGAGAAUGGGCGGUCCAUCAGCUCGAUGUCAAGAAUGCCUUCCUCCAUGGCACUCUAACAGAGACCGUCUACUGCAGCCAGUUGAACCGCUCCCUGUACGGCCUCAAGCAGGCGCCACGAUCCUUGUAUAGUCGCUUUGCCUCCCACUUGGCCUCCCUCGGCUUCGUAGAGGCCAAGUCGGACACGUCCCUGUUCAUCCACCGGCGCGACGAUGACAUCGUCUACCUGCUUCUCUACGUCGACGACAUCGUGCUCACGGUGUCCAAUGUUGAUCUUCUACAGCGUACGAUCAUCGCCCUUCAACGCGAGUUCGCGAUGAAGGACUUGGGGCCUCUCCACCACUUCCUCGGCAUCACCACCGAGCGGAGGCCUUAGGGUCUCUUUUUCCACCAGCGCUAGUACGCCUCUCGACAUCCUAAAGCAGUUUGGCAUGUCUGACUGCAAGCCCUGCUCCACGCCUAUCAACACUCAGGUGAAGCUCUCUAAGGAUGACAGGCCCCCGGUCGCCGACGCAACGUCCUACCGGAGCCUCACCGACGCCCUUUAGUACCUGACUUUCUCUUGGCUCGACAUCGCCUACGCUGCCUAGCAGGUGUGCAUCCACAUGCACACCCCGUGGGAGCCCCAUCUCACCGCUCUCAAGCGGAUCCUGCGCUACCUCCGCGGCUCCAUCGACUACGAUCUUGUCCUUCAACCGUCCCGAACGUCAGAGCUCGUGGUCUAUACCGACGCUGACUGCGCUGGCUGCCCCGACACGCGUCGAUCCACUUCCGGUUAAGCCGUGUUCCUGGGCACGAACCUCGUCCCCUGGAACACCAAGCGCCAGCCUGUUGUCUCUCACUCCAGCACUGAGACCGACUACCGCGAUGUGGCCAAGGACGUGGUCGAGGCUUCCUAGCUGUGUCAACUUCUCCACGAGCUCCACAGCCCCCUCCAGCGCGCCGCCCUCGUCUAUUGCGACAAAGUCAGUGCGGUCUACCUCUCCACCAAUAUCGUGCAACAUCAGUGAACGAAGCACGUGUAGAUCGACCUGCACUUCGUCCACGAGCGUGUCGCCACCAGUGGCGUUCGGGUUCUCAGCGUCCCGACCACGCUGCAGUUCGCCGACAUCUUCACCAAGGGGUUGUCGUCCAGUGUUUUUGCCGAGUUUGGAUCCAGUAUGAACAUCUGUACAUAAUAGAGCUGAGACUGCGGGGGUGUUAGAAUCUCGUUAGGGUUUUGUGUUAGUCCUUGUGUAAAUACCUGUUUACUCAUCUGUGAAAUGGGCUUGACCCAACUCUUGGUUUUUAUAUAUGCACUCCCAACCUUGAUUACGGUUAGGGUUUCCCAUUCCAACUCUUAAGAGUGCUACUCAGACCACCUAAUAAACUCAGAUAGAGGCCUUUCGCAAUCCUCCUCUUUCACAAACCCUUACGAGGAAUUAACCAAAAUCUAGCCUGGAGGCAACUCCUGUUCAUCCAAUUGACUAAAAAGUGGACACUGUUUAAUAUGGUUAUUAGCUGGUACACAGAACUAUAGUAUAUCAGUUGGUAAGCUAACAAUCUGUUUUUUGUGACCUUGAUAUCAUAGGUGGUCUAGAGAGUAAUACACAGAUCAUAGAUGAUAAUGUCUCAGUGGUUCACAUAGUGAAGGCGUGGAAUUCAACAGUCAAAGGCUUGGAAUCCAACGUGUAGCAUGUUCAAAGAAAAAUAAAAUGUUAAUCAUGAUAACAAUGUGAGGGCAAACAGUCCCAAAGGUCAUACAUGUGCAGAGACUAUUGACUCUUUGUAUGUCUUUUCUUCUUGAGCAAAGGAAAAUAAAAAGUCAAUCAGAAUAAUUAUGUGAAGGCAAAAGCAGUCCCAAAGGUCAUACAUGUGCAGGGACUAUUGACUCUUUGCAAGCCUUCUCUUCGUGAGCCCAAAGUCAUUUCUCUUCUUGGAGCUUUGAUGUGAAGCGUAGCAUACAUAGUAUAUCAGAAACAUCAAAACUCACCUUGUGUUUUCUUACCCAUCCUGCUGUGUUCUCUUCCUGAGAAGAAAGAGAGGACUCACAUGGAAAGUUUUAUAUCUGCAGCCCUGGGUGAAUUGAUGACUAGAUCCAUAAAUUUCAUCAUCAACAAGCUCUCGAAGCCGCCGGCACUGGCCAUGGAGGAAAGCCUACAAAGGACUCUUCUCCGAGCACAGGCCAUCGACGAGGAGGCCAUGGGGCGGCACAUCACAAAUCAAGCUAUGAUCCAGCAGCUAAGCAUGUUGAGAGAUGCCAUGCACCGAGGCUCUUACGCACUCGACGCCUUCAGGUACGAGCCUCACUAUGGAGAGGAUGACAGCGAUCAAGUUGUGAGUGGAUUUAUGUCCCUAUCCAAGGCACCCUUUGCAAAGGAUCAAUAUUUCUUCAGUCGAACUGCACAGUUUCGGGAACAACUACAAGAGGCACUUGACAGAUUGGGCUCCAUGAUUGUUGAUCUGAAUGAGUUGGUGAUGUUCUUGGCGAGCUACCCUCGCAUGCAUUGCCAACCUUACAACAUGCAUAUCCUACUGGGUAACUGCAUGUUCGGUCGCCAGAUGGAAGCAGAACUUGUCAUUAAAUUUCUGCUGCACACACAGCUUCAUAGUUCUGAAGAACUGGAGGUGCUGCCAAUUGUCGGUCCACCCAGAGUCGGCAAGAGUACCCUAAUCGCUCAUGUUUGCAAGGACGAAAGAGUCCAAGAUCAUUUCUCAGAAAUCGUGUGGCUGAAUGACCUUGAUUUUACAGAUGGAGAGCAUCAAAAUCAAGUGUCAAACUCGAACAAAGACAAGAGAUUGCUAGUUGUUAUAGAACUAUCUGGAAAUCUGUAUGAAGAUGCUUGGAACAGGUUCUAUCUUGCUUCCAAACGGAGCUUUUGUAGCGGGAGUAAAAUCGUACUCACAAGCAGUUCAGACAGAGCUGUAAAGUUUGGAACAUCACAGGCUCUAACUCUGAAUCAUCUGUCUCAUGAAGCAUACUGGUAUUUCUUCAAGACACUUGCAUUUGGAAGCAUUGAUCCUGAGGCACACCCAGGGCUUGCACAAGUAGCCAUGGAGAUUGCUAGGACGCAGAAUCGUUCAAUCCCUGGCGCAUGCAUCAUCUGUUAUUUGCUGAGGAACAAUUUUAACAUCCACUUUUGGUGCAAGGUUCUGAGGUUCUUAAGAGUGUUCGUCCAGAAUCAUGUCUCCAAAUUCAACAAGCAUCCAUAUGAUCUUUUGAGCCAAAACAGACCAAUACAGAUUAGCCGAAUGGCUACACCUUCUGAAUAUGUCGUUAUUCGUCGUCAGUAUCAGUGCUCUUCACAAGAGGAGGUUCCCAAGAUAAGAGCCCAAGAUGUAGUGUAUGGAAGCAUGAAGACUUGCGGAAAAUUUGAGGUCCUAUUAUGGAGAUCUCCAAUACCCCCCUACUAUAGCUAUGCCAGUACUUAUGAGAUUCAAGAGCCAAGGACUACAAGUGCCAAGAGGAAGCGUUCUAUGAAAGAUGGAGUCACAUUUUGUUAAUUUUGCCAUUAUACAUGUGUCAUGUAGGAACAUAGUUUUGUUCAUUUUUUUUCUCGGUAUAGGAUGCCACAAGUUACAGCACAGGCCAAGUGUAAAAACAUGUAAGGUGUCACAGGUUACAGUUACAGCAUCAUUAAACUGCACUGCUACAUUUUCAUAUGUGAAAUACAAGUGCUUAUGUAUUCUAUUUUAGAAUA